AUGCUUUUGUAUGGCGUCUUCUUUCCUCUCGAGAAAACGUCCUUAAGGGAUGGUCCUAAAGUGGCUCUUGGUCCAAAAGUGGCUCUUGGUCCAAAAGUGGCUCUUGGUCCAAAAGUGGCUCUUGGUCCAAAAGUGGCUCUUGGUCCUAAAGUGGCUCUUGGUCCAAAAGUGGCUCUUGGUCCAAAAGUGGCUCUUGGUCCAAAAGUGGCUCUUGGUCCAAAAGUGGUUCUUGGUCCAAAAGUGGGUCUUGGUCCAAAAGUGGCUCUUGGUCCAAAAGUGGCUCUUGGUCCUAAAGUGGCUCUUGGUCCAAAAGUGGCUCUUGGUCCAAAAGUGGCUCUUGGUCCUAAAGUGGCUCUUGGUCCAAAAGUGGCUCUUGGUCCUAAAGUGGCUCUUGGUCCAAAAGUGGCUCUUGGUCCAAAAGUGGCUCUUGGUCCAAAAGUGGCUCUUGGUCCAAAAGUGGCUCUUGGUCCUAAAGUGGCUCUUGGUCCAAAAGUGGCUCUUGGUCCUAAAGUGGCUCUUGGUCCAAAAGUGGCUCUUGGUCCAAAAGUGGCUCUUGGUCCAAAAGUGGCUCUUGGUCCAAAAGUGGCUCUUGGUCCAAAAGUGGCUCUUGGUCCAAAAGUGGCUCUUGGUCCAAAAGUGGUUCUUGGUCCAAAAGUGGGUCUUGGUCCAAAAGUGGCUCUUGGUCCAAAAGUGGCUCUUGGUCCUAAAGUGGCUCUUGGUCCAAAAGUGGCUCUUGGUCCAAAAGUGGCUCUUGGUCCUAAAGUGGCUCUUGGUCCAAAAGUGGCUCUUGGUCCUAAAGUGGCUCUUGGUCCAAAAGUGGCUCUUGGUCCAAAAGUGGCUCUUGGUCCAAAAGUGGCUCUUGGUCCAAAAGUGGCUCUUGGUCCUAAAGUGGCUCUUGGUCCAAAAGUGGCUCUUGGUCCUAAAGUGGCUCUUGGUCCAAAAGUGGCUCUUGGUCCAAAAGUGGCUCUUGGUCCAAAAGUGGCUCUUGGUCCAAAAGUGGCUCUUGGUCCAAAAGUGGCUCUUGGUCCAAAAGUGGCUCUUGGUCCUAAAGUGGCUCUUGGUCCAAAAGUGGCUCUUGGUCCAAAAGUGGCUCUUGGUCCAAAAGUGGCUCUUGGUCCUAAAGUGGCUCUUGGUCCAAAAGUGGCUCUUGGUCCAAAAGUGGCUCUUGGUCCAAAAGUGGCUCUUGGUCCAAAAGUGGCUCUUGGUCCAAAAGUGGCUCUUGGUCCUAAAGUGGCUCUUGGUCCAAAAGUGGCUCUUGGUCCAAAAGUGGCUCUUGGUCCUAAAGUGGCUCUUGGUCCAAAAGUGGGUCUUGGUCCUAAAGUGGCUCUUGGUCCAAAAGUGGCUCUUGGUCCAAAAGUGGCUCUUGGUCCAAAAGUGGCUCUUGGUCCAAAAGUGGCUCUUGGUCCUAAAGUGGCUCUUGGUCCAAAAGUGGCUCUUGGUCCUAAAGUGGCUCUUGGUCCAAAAGUGGCUCUUGGUCCAAAAGUGGCUCUUGGUCCAAAAGUGGCUCUUGGUCCAAAAGUGGCUCUUGGUCCAAAAGUGGCUCUUGGUCCAAAAGUGGCUCUUGGUCCUAAAGUGGCUCUUGGUCCAAAAGUGGCUCUUGGUCCAAAAGUGGCUCUUGGUUCAAAAGUGGCUCUUGGUCCUAAAGUGGCUCUUGGUCCAAAAGUGGCUCUUGGUCCAAAAGUGGGUCUUGGUCCAAAAGUGGCUCUUGGUCCAAAAGUGGCUCUUGGUCCAAAAGUGGCUCUUGGUCCAAAAGUGGCUCUUGGUCCUAAAGUGGCUCUUGGUCCAACGCUAUGUUCCAGAUGCUGUCGAUGUUGA